GCAAAACAUCAAUGAGCCUGCUUUGCCACUCAAAGCAGCGAAGGCCGAGUCUACGUCUAGUGCUACGGCUACGAGAGUCAGAGCUACAAAUAGAGACGCGAACAAUACGAGUGCAGCAGGCAGUGCCAGUAUUGCAUGCGUUGACUUUAGAAAUUGGCUCUAGGAUACCUUAAACUUGUUAGCUGAUCAGAGUUAUCAUUUGCCCUCAUAGUACGACUGGCGCUGAAAAUUGCUGUCGUCCAAAAAGGAAAAGAAACAAAUACUGAGGGCGGUGGAGUAGAGCAACUCUCUACUUCACUAAACGACUUGAGCUGCUAUCGCAUCUGCAACUUUGCUUGUGUCACUACAUGGAGGAAAUCUAGAAUUAUUAUUAUACUUGCCCUUACAGCGUACCAUUUGUAUUUUCUGCUUUUUGUUUUUGAUUCUACUCGAUGUAUUCAUCGUAUGCUUAUCCUUGUCCACAGAAAGCGCCUCACAGCACGCUGCGGUGCCGAC